UCCCCUUUAAGAUGCCCACCAUUUUUAUUUAGCUAGAAAUCAUAUUCUGAGAGAUCUGUUCCAAUGGCUAAAACCAGAAACCCUAGAAAACCCACCAAGGAAAAUCACCAAAAUCAGAACCACCAUCCUCAAAAGCCAGAGAAACCACCUUCUUGGGCAGCUGUGAGAAGCCUAUUCACCUGCAAAUACACCCAAACCCAACUACAAGAACAAAAACACGAACCACCACCACCACCACCACCAAAACAGAGGAAAGAAGAGCAACCAAUUGAAGGAAGCAACAAGAAGUGCAAGAAAAUGAAGUGUUCAGGCUCACUGUGCAGCAACACAAAGGUGAUGCACAGGCCUGAACCAACACAAUCCAACGAGGACCACCCAAAGAAGAGGGCUUCAAUGGGUUCAUCAACAUCAUCAAGUAACAACAUCAUGAUCAAUGAUGGGUCUAGCAGAUCCAUGAAAGCUCCUCUCACUGAACUGGUCAACAAUGGGGCUGCUGUUGUUUCUUCUAAUUCAUCUUCUCAUUCACUCUCUGUGUUUUGUACUUCUCCUUCAAUUGCUGGGUCUUUUAGAGGCAUGCCUUUUAGGAGACUCUCUGGGUGUUAUGAGUGUAGGAUGGUGGUUGAUCCUGUUCUUGGAAUCUCUAGAGACCCUUCUUUGAGAGCCAUUUCUUGUCCUCAGUGUGGUGAGAUCUUCAUGAAACCUGAAAAUUUGGAGCUCCAUCAAGCCAUCAGACAUGCAGUAUCUGAAUUGGGUCCUGAAGACACAAGCAAGAACAUAGUGGAGAUCAUAUUCCAAUCAAGCUGGCUCAAGAAACAAUCCCCUGUUUGCAAGAUCGACCGCAUACUCAAAGUCCACAACACCACCAAAACCAUCUCCAAGUUCGAAGAAUACAGAGACGCCAUUAAAGCCAAGGCCACCAAUCUCCCGAAGAAACACCCGCGUUGCAUUGCAGACGGCAAUGAGCUCCUCAGGUUCCACUGCACCACCUUCAUGUGCUCACUUGGCCUCAACGGCUCCUCCAAUCUCUGCAAUUCGAUCCCCAAUUGCAGUGUUUGUAGUAUCAUCAAAAAUGGGUUCAAGGUUGCCGGAGGAGUCACCGGAGGGGUCGCCGGAAAAGGGAUACUGACGACGGCGACGAGCGGGAAGGCUCACGACAGUGCCGGGGUGGCGUCGGAGGAAGAGAAGCGUGCGAUGUUGGUUUGCCGGGUGGUCGCCGGACGGGUGAAGAAGAGCUUGGAGGGAGGUGUGGAGGAGUAUGACUCGGUGGCCGGAGCCGCCGGAGUUUAUUCUAAUUUAGAUGAGUUGUAUGUGCUCAAUCCCAGGGCUAUAUUGCCCUGUUUUGUUGUUGUCUACAGAGAUUUUUAGUUGGAUUUAGUCGUUUGAUUAUCAUUAUACGAUAAUUAAUUACAAUUUUCAAUCUAAGUAUGAUUAUUGGCCCUA